GCCACGUUUUCAUGAGUAAUCACGCCACCUUUCUUUUGUUAAAAAUAUGGAAAUACAAGUAACGAACGAUGAAUAAUAAUAUUUUUAAAUCAGUGGAUUAACAUGAGGAAUGUUUCAAUUCUUUAUGGGACGUAUUUAUUAUAAGAAAUUGUAUGUUCUUCGUUCAACGAGAGAUCAUAAUCAACUUGCGCAACGUGGCUAACUUCAACAGAUUUCCCACCACGUGAUAUUGCAUCACUACUACGCGCUUUCUAUUUCGCCGGACAUAUACACGGUGGACAAAGUAUACGAAUGAUGAAAAGAAUUAUGAAUCAAGCAUGAUCAAACUUGAACAUUUGGAAUUUUAAGAAUUAGAAAAUUUGGGAAUUUAAAAGUCCAGAAAUUUGAGAACUUGAAAAUUAAUAGAUUUUUAGAACUACGAAUUUGGUAGUUUAAACCUUUGAAUUAGAAGUACUAAGUAUACGCAUUCGGCAAUAUAAUGACAAGUGCGUAUGCGCAGUGUCUUUGAUUACGAAAUAUGCCCCAACUAAUCAGAAAUAACAUGCGCGAUAUGAACAAAAAACUUGUCAAACCAUGAGUAUGUUCUCUUUUUGAACAGAAUUAAUUUGCCGAUACUUGUAUUCAUAUUAGUAACUAAACUUAAAAACGAUAUUGUGUAAUUUUAAUCAAAUUGAGAUACAUUUUCCUCAAAUAAUAUCAAACUAUUGUUAUAUAUCAAUUUAAUAGUUGCAACUUAGAAUGAAUGGAAGGUUAGGCAAACUAAAAAUAAUUUAUAAGAAAUUGAAUUGAAGUUAAAAACGCUUUACAUAAUAGCGUAUAUUAAUAUUUUAAAAUGCAGUAAUAUAUACUUACAAGAAGGCAUAAUUUUAUCAGCAAAGAGAAGACAUUUUACUGAAAAAAAAAUGAAUCAUAUAUUGUCAGCACGGACAUACUGUUCUAAUACUUCCACAAUAAAGAAAAGUGCGAAGUUAAUUAGAAAUGAAUUUCUAGAUUAUUUUAAAAAUGAUUUAGGUCAUACUUUUAUUCGCUCAAGUCCUGUUGUACCUAUUAACGAUCAUACAGUUCCAUUUGUAAAUGCUGGAAUGAAUCAAUUCAAGGGGAUUUUCUUAGAUUAUUAUGAUCCACCUGUAAUGAAAGCUGUAAACUCUCAAAAAUGUAUUCGAAUUAGUGGAAAACACAAUGAUUUAAAUGUAGUUGGAAGUGAUACUUAUCACCACACAUUUUUUGAAAUGUUAGGAAAUUGGUCUUUUGGAGAGUAUUUUAAGAAAGAAGCUUGUCAGUAUGCAUGGGAUCUAUUAACAAAAGGGUACAAUAUUAAUAAAGACUUUUUAUAUGUAACUUAUUUUGGUGGGGAUGAAAAAUUGGAAUUAGAACCUGACUUAGAAUGUAGAGAUAUUUGGUUGAAUAUUGGUGUUCCAAAAGAUAGAAUUUUACCAUUUGGAAUACAAGAAAAUUUUUGGGAAAUGGGUAUUUCAGGACCAUGUGGUCCUUGUACAGAGAUACAUAUAGAUUAUACAAAACAGUUAUUAAAUCAAUCAAAUCAAAUAAGUAAAAAUUCUCCAGCACUUACAGAAUUAUGGAACAUAGUUUUUAUACAAUAUUCAAGGUUAACAGAUGGUACAAUAGUACCUCUUCCAAAACAUCAUGUUGAUACAGGCAUGGGAUUUGAGAGAUUAGUUGCAUUAUUGCAAGGGAAGAAGUCAAACUAUGAUACAGAUCUUUUUCAGCCACUUUUUAAGACCAUUCAGGAAUAUACAAAAGCUCCAGCAUAUGAGGGUAAAUUUUCUAAUGAUAAAAGUGGACUUGAUAAUGGAUACAGAGUGUUGGCAGAUCAUAGUAGAAUGAUUUCUGUAGCUUUAGCAGAUGGAAUAAUUCCAGAACAAAGUAAUAAACUCAGGAAAAUAAUCAGAAAAGUAGUUGAUAUAGGUGAAAAGACAUUUAAAAAACGUGAUAUACUUCCUGAACUCGCGUAUGCUGUAGCGGAAAAUUUGGGAGAUGUUUAUCCAGAACUGCAAAAUAAUCUUAAAACGGUACAGAAAAUAAUGAGAUUUGAGGAAGAGUUAUACAUAAGAUUGCAAAAUACUUCUGGUAAGGAAUGGAAAAAGAUUGUUGCAAAACGUCCUGAAUUAGCAUCCAUAUCUGAAUGGGCAACUCCUGGUUUAGUACCUGGAUAUAAGUAUUUCCAAAGUAUACUUGAUGAAUUAAAAGCAACUAAUACAUUAACAGGAAAUGUUGCUUUUAUAUUAUAUGAUACAUAUGGUUUAAGUGCAGAAACGAUUAAUGAAUUAGCAGAGGUUGAAUCCUUGCGUUUUGACAGUGCAGCCUUUGAAAAUGAAUUCGAAAACCUCAAAAAUCGAUCAAGAAUUGGCCUAAGAAAGACCAAUGUAGAUCUCUUAAGAAGACAUGUAGAAACAUUUAAAAAUAAUCAUGUACCUAAAACUGAUGAUAGUUUCAAAUAUAAAUAUAUUGAUGAUGGAAAUAAUUAUCAGUUUCCUACUGUUGACAGUAAAAUUGUAGCAUUAAUUGGAAAUGAUAAAACUAUAUCAACUGAAGAAAAUGAAAGUACAGAAUUGAAUGAAGAUGAAAUUGGAAUUGUAUUGGAUAAAACAGUAUGUUACUCAAUGGAAGGGGGUCAAGUGUCAGACAAAGGUUUCAUUUGUAUAAAAGAUUUAAAGUUUAGUAUAAAUCAUUUAAGAAAGAUUGAUGGUUAUGCCAUACAUUUUGGAACAUUUGGCCAAAACAGUUCAGAAAAUUUGUGUGACAAAUUGAGCAUUGGAGAUGCUUGUACAGUUUCUAUUGUGCCUGAAUUUCGAAUUGGGGUGAUGCAGCAUCACACUGGAGCACAUUUAUUGAACGCAGCUGUAAAGCAAAUUAUUCAGGGAGUUUAUCCACGCAAUUCUCUAGUAAAUUCAAAUUUUUUAAAAUUUCGAUACAAUUCUUUUGGAGAAAAACUUUCUCAUGAGCAAUUGAAAGAAAUUGAAAACCGUGUAAAUAAUGCUAUAGAAGCUAAUGUUCCAGUUACUACGAAAUUAUUAAACUCACUGGAAUUGUUAACAGAAGAUUCGGUAUCAUUAAUACCCGGAGAAAUCUAUCCUUAUACCGGUAUCAGAGUUGUAGAAAUAGAUGUUCCAGAUUUAAGAUCGAAAGAAGCAUGUUGUGGUACACAUGUAUCUAAAACGGGAAUGUUAGAAUACUUCUGCUUCCUAAAAUACUUUACAAGAGGAACAUGUAAUUUUAACCUUGAAGCAGCUGUAGGACAGCCUGCAAUAUCUGCCAAAUUAAUAGGUGAAAACAUACAAUCAGAAGUUUCUGAUUUAGAGCACGAAUUAAAAACAGGACAAGUUUCAUAUGCAAUAUUUAAAUUAAAAAGUAAACAAAUUGAAAAUAAACUGACUGCGGAAGCAGAACCUAUACCAUUUCUGGUUAAAGAGGAUUGUUUAAUGAAAUUAAAACAUUUAAAUGAUCUGGCUUGGACACAAGAAAAAGAAAUAGAAAAGUCUUCUAUAAAUGUGGAUUUAAGUAACAUCUAUUCAACAUUUCCUUUUAUUGUUCACUGUAUACGUAAGAAACUCUUGUAUUUAUCACUUGAAGAGGUUGUAUCUCUUUAUCCAAGUACACCAAUACUUAUUAUUGUAUACCAUGAUGACACAAUAAAAGCAUGGUGUUCCGUGCCUCAGGAGAUUGCAUCUAAACAGUUUAAUGCAAAAAACUGGAUGAACGUUGUUCUCAAAACUUUUAAUGUAAAAUAUCAUCCAACAACUGGUUUUAAUCCAUCUUUAGUUGCCAGUAUGAAGACCAUGAAUAUCUCUGAUGCUUCACAGAAAGAUUUAAUACAGAAAGCAAUUGAAAAGGCUAAAAUGUUUGCAUUUGCACAUGUAAAGUACGCUCAAAAAUCUGUUUCAGAAAAUAUAUAGAUAAAUCCGAUUCCAUUCAGUAAUAGUUGGACUUAGGAAUAUAAAAAAAAUUGGUAAUGGUUUGAUGACAAAUUGUAAAAGAUUAUUAUACCAGCGACGAAGUUCCGUGCGGUGAAAGUAAGAGAACUUACAUGGAAAUAUGUAUUGGGGGAAUUGUUACUCGGAUAACGGGACUUACGAUACUCGAAGGACGACGAUAGCAUAAGAAUACUUUUAAAGUUUUAUAUACUUAAUUAUUGUGCCAAUAAAAAUUUAUAUCUUUAAGUUUA